CCGAUUGGUCCAGCUGAUGGGCUGUCUUCUGCCAUCUUUGUUAAGGGCACCAAGGGGUCUCCUGGCCGCCUUCAAGGUCUGGGCGGAGGCCUCGCCCCACUGGUUUGUGGAUACGCGCCGAAACAUUCUAGCGCGCGGAUCUGUGCGGGUGUAGGGAGAACGUGCAGCGCCCCGGUGGGCAUAGAGUGGGAGGGAAGCGGACGAGCGGCGCUCACGUGGUGCUAGGGACCGUCUCCUAAUUCCGCGCCAGCACUAUCGGUGUUUCCGGGGUUGCAGAGCGCUUUUGGUCCCGAGCUCAGCGUUCUGCGAGGUCACCGCUGAGUCGGCUGCCCGACACGACCAUACCACGACAGAGACGCCCAGGGCUGAAACUGGAGUCCUUGAUAUUGAACCAAGGUCUUUAUUUCCCCCACCUUUAUUUGAUGAUAAUAAAAAGCUAAUUCUUUAAAAUGCGCUCCUACUGGGUACCACGCAGCAACCCUGUGCUUGCGGCCCUGGGUGGUUGCUUAGAUUCAAGGUAAUAAUACGUGCAAAGCGCUUAGAAGUGAGCCUUAACAAGUGAGCGCUCAGUAAAGAUGGGCUACCAGUGGGUUUUACAGACGUAGCCAAUAGGUGACACAACUGGCCUUUUGAACCCAGGACCACCCGUCUUUAAUGGCUGCCUCUUCGCUGCCUGAUACCUCCAAAAUCCAAAGGAUUCACAGCUUUAGUGAAGUGCAGUCAUUGCUCACAUGAGUAAACUGAGGUCCAGCUGGGGAAGAGUUUCUUAGUAAUCUCUAUCACCCAAGACCACUCACUCUGUUCUGCUCAGUUCCCUGAUGUUUUGUUUUCCUUGCCUCAUUCAUUCAGUCAUUCAUUCGUCCAUUCUAGGUUCUGCCCCCAAGAAUCUUGGUCUGGGGGUUAUACCGAUCCAGUUAGACCUCAGAGCUUGAUAUAUUAACAUGGCACCUGGCAGGAAGGCACUCGAGUCCAAAUAUCCACCUCGCCACCUUUCACUCCUCCAGCCUCAUUAACUCAACUCAAGAGCGCGAGAUCUGGAGCCAUGGCCUGGAUUCAAAUGCCCGCUUCACCACUUAGCUGUAUGACUUGGGAAAGUGACCGAUUUUUUGUGUGUGUGUGUGCCUCUAUUUCCUUGUCUGUAAAAUGGGGGUCCCAGGUGGGUGGGAGGCUUUAAGGAAGUAAUCUGUCUAGUCUUUAGUCAGUGGUCUGGCAAUAGUAAACUUAAUAAAUGAUUUCUUAUAGUUAAUCCUUGCAACUGUCCCAGGAGUGAACACUGUGUUCCCCAUUUAAUAAAUUAAUAAAAUGAGGUUACAGAGUACAGUCUCUUGCGUGAGGUCACACAGCUAUAAAAUGUAACUAGGAAGUGUAGCAUGCCGCAUUUGAACCCCAGUCUCUUUGGCUCUAAAACUACAGUCAGUCGCGGGAAAGGAUUGCGCCAACCACUCAACCCCAGAGAAAACGUGAAGAAUAUUAAUCUGUAAAACCCGAGCCUGGGAGAGGGGCUUCGGUGCGCGGGGUAAUUUGCAGACGCUCCCUGCCAGCGGGGACCGCACGACCUGUCCUUCAGUCCGGGACCUUCAGCUGGUCCCGCCGCGGCUGACCGGAGCGAUAGUGGAAGCUGAGGUUGUAAAGGCAGCAGGACCGGCUGCAGUGGCUCCUGCCGAGGCGGAAGCACCAUGUCUGAGCCACCCCCGCGGGGUGCCGAGCGCGAUCUUUUCCGGGACACGUGGGUACGGUACCUAGGCUAUGCCAAUGAGGUGGGAGAGGCGUUCCGCUCCCUGGUACCAGCAACUGUGGUGUGGCUGAGCUAUGGUGUGUCCAGCUCGUACGUGCUGGCCGAUGCCAUUGACAAGGGCAAGAAGGCAGGAGCUGUACCGAGCUCUGAAGCAGGCCGCAGCUCCAGGGUGACCGUGGCUGUGGUGGACACUUUCGUGUGGCAGGCCCUGGCUUCUGUGGCUAUCCCAGGCUUCACUAUCAACCGUGUGUGUGCUGCCUCUCUCUACAUCCUGGGCACUGCCACCCGCUGGCCUCUGUCUGUCCGCAAGUGGACCACCACUGCACUGGGGCUUCUGGUCAUCCCUGUCAUCAUCCACCCCAUUGACAGCUCCCAGUGGUCACUUGCUCACCACUGUCCACCACCCCACAGGUCAGUGGACUUCCUCCUGGACUCCAGCCUGCGUAAGCUCUACCCGUCAGUGGAGAAGCCCAGCUCCUCCUGACCCCACCCUGGUACCUGGCCUGUGAAUUGGCCCACUCCCUGCUCUGGUCCAACUUUCUCCUGCCAUGGGUUGUGGACGCCUGGCUCCCUGGGGUCUGAGGCCCUGCCGUCUGAGUAUGUUUGCACCAGAUGGAAACUGAGAGACAAAGGCCUCAAGGAGCAGCAGAUGCCGUGACUCACAGAAAAGGGAGACCUGAACCCCAUCUGCUUCCAUGGAAUCUGUGACACUGAGGGGCAGUGGACCUGUCUUUUGACAGGAAAGUAACACCCUCCCGUGGAGGAUAAGCAGACUGAAGCCCGGACAGGGCAAGGAAUAGAGCCAAGGUCACUUAGCAAGCUGGGGACCCGGGAGUCCCAGUGGCUUGGCCCCAUGGCAGUGUGGCUGGACAGACGAGCAGCAGACACUCGGAGAAAUGCAAGAGCGCAGUCUCGGGCAGCCUGAGGACUGGUUCUCCAGCCAGCCCAUCCCUGGUGCGGGACCUGCUCGGGCCUGGCUGGAAGGCAGGACAGCCCCCGGCCCAAUAAAUCCUCAAGAAGUUGA